GGGUGAAAGAAAGAGGGACAGCAGAAGGAGGUGGUGGUUGGAACCAGGGCUGAGAAACAGGUGAAAGAGGGAAGGUGGGCUGCUAACAAAGUGAAUGUGACUGACAAGCAAAUAUAUUAAUGGGUGAAAUACUGAGCAGGAAACUGGAUAUGGGUGAAAUGAAAUAUCCUUAGAAAGGCAGGAGGCAAAAAAACAAAACAAAAAAAUGGGAGAGAGAGGGGGUGAUAACAUUGUGUGGUUAAAUAGGGUAACGAGGAAAAGUGCGUGACAGAGAAAUAAGAGAUAGAGGGAAAAGGGAUUGGAGGGUAGGAAGGAACUGAGAGGGAGGGAAUGAUGGUGCAGCCUGUAGACAGACAGAGGUGAUGUAAAUACCUGGAGGGGAAGAGAGGGAGCGAAGGAAAAAGGGUAGGAAAAGAGAAGACACGCUCCUGCUGCAGUAUGAUGGGGAACUCACCGCACAAACAGAGGAGCAAGAAGCAUCACAGAAUGCAGCCGGCAACAGAUCCUCCUUUUGGGGAUCUAUAUUUGGACGUUGAAACCAAGUUGAAAGAAGAGCAGGAGACUGGGAGCAGUGGGGGAACCUUGGGAUUUGAAAAACUACAGGAAUUCUGGAUUUUAUAGGUGUUACACAGGAUGGAUAAAGCAUUAACAAGUAUUACACGUGGCAAAGCUGCCUCCACUUUAGACCACUCCAAGCUGACUAACUGGCAACAGCAGCCUGUAAAUGUAUUCCUGUCAUCUAAACGUUCUCCCUGUGUAGAGGAGCUUCAUCAAGAGGCUGAACUCAACCUACAGACUCUACUUCAAGGGGACUGUUUUGCAGAGAAAUUUGAAGAUCGUUACUUAGAUACAAAGGUUACUGGUCAGACUUUUAACUACUCUGCUCUAUCACAAUCUACAACUAUUCCACCAGAGACUCCCACAAGGAGUACAUCAAGGCGUCUUGAACUUGUCUACCUGCCAACCAACAGAAGAGUGAGUGAAGAUGAAACAACUUCAGUAGGAGUAAGACCUCGGGAGACUUGUUUGAGUCUACCUACCACUCCAGAUAAACAAGUGGCCUGGAUUAAAGCAUUCCCAUUUCCUAUUCCAGAAGAGAGACGAUGGCAUCAGUCAAACUCCAUACAGACGAACAUUGUACCUAUAAAUGUAUCUGGAGAACUGUUUGACAAGCAUGCCAGCUCCCACCACUCACUGUUCAACACAGAGACUGCUGUGAACCCAAAGACCUCGCUAAGACGCAGAAGGACUAUAAUUGGCUUCUCUCAUCAUCAAAGCCAAGAUCAAGAACAUAAGACAUCUGCAGCUUCUGAGUCAACUCCAAAAAAGACCAUAGCAGGAAAUGUCAAUGGACUGACAUGCAGUGAACUGCCUCCUGUUCCACCUGAGUCUCCACCUGCAAAAUCUGAGUCAUCUCAUGGGAGACAUCCAGGAGGAAGGGCAGCAACACCUCAUCCUCAGCAACUGCCAUUAAGAAAGACUUUCAGUGAUCUUGGUCAUAUAUUGCAAUCACCAAACAGUAUGGAUACAAGUAUGAUAGAUUCUAACCCUAGAUAUAAUGGAUCCAAGGACAAUGCACACUAUCAGGGAACUUCAUUCAACUAUAUGACACCAUCUAGCCCAGUAAAAAGUCAACAGGCCCAUACCACUGAAGUAGCAAAAAAUUCCACCAACACCAUGGCAUCUACUGGAGUUUGUAAUAGUGGCUCUUUUAAAAUAAUGAAAGAGAACAUAAGGACAAAUUCAGGAAGCUCUUGUUCAUGUGCAAUACUCCCUUCGCCAACUGUUGAACAAGCAAAGCCAGGGAAAUCAAAAUGUGUUUUCUAUCCUAGUCAUUCAGUCCCAAGUAACAUAACAAACUCUUCAACCUUACCAACAUCUACCAAUGAGUGCACAUUUAGAGAAAGGUCACUGUCAAUGCCCACAGACUCUGGUUCCAUGUAUUCAGUAGAUAUAACUUACACAGAAAACAGGAGAGGAAGUGGAGACUAUGCUCUGAACUAUCCCAGUGGGAGCUCUGAGGAAAGCACAAGCACAGAAAAUGUUUCUACAAUAGCUGAUCAAGAAAAAACAGAGCGUAGAAGAUCCAGAAGUAUCUCGCUGAGAAAGCCAAAGAAAAAGCCUUCUCCUCCAGCACGUAGUAUUUCCUUGAUAAAAGACACAUCUGGUCAAAAAUUACAGUCAGUACUUACGAUGUCAAAAGAUCAAAGACCUAAAAGCCUUUGUAUUGCAUAUGAUAGUCAAUAUGAAAGUUAUCUCCUUCCAUCAAAUCCAUCAGGUAAUGUUACUAUGUCAACAUCAAGAAGCAUGCAUUUUAAUCAGAAUUGGAAUAUCAGUGAUUGCAGAUCCAAUGACUUAAAUAGGACAUUGUCAGGCUCUAGUACAGCAACAGGUACCACAGUAAUAGAGUGCAAAAGGGUAGGUGGGAGUUCAGAGUCACUUACAUCUCUAUUCAAUUCAAGGGCCACAACUCCUUCACAAGUUUACACAGAAACAGAUUUCAAGAUGGCAUCACCUGGGAAGCCUCCAGGUUUGAUGUCCCCAUCUAGUGGUUACUCAAGUCAGUCAGAGACUCCAACUGCAGUACCAACAUCAUUAAUUUUAGGACACUGUUCUUAUCAGACCAAUAAGAUAAGGCCCAUGGUCCCUGAAAGAAAAUCAUCCCUGCCUGCUGUUUCUCCAAUAGACAGAAGUCCUAAUAUUCAACAGUCAUUUGAUUUGCCAAUAACCCCACCCACACAUUUGGAUCUGACUGGGGUCAGACAGUCUUUGAAGAAAAAGGUUAAGGCUAGCAGAAACAAUUCUGAGUCAACUUUUGGCUCUAAAACUCAUAAUCAAAAAAACAGUCCAGUACAGCCUGUAAUGCCAAUGGUAACUCAGUCAGACCUUCGGUCAAUUCGGCUUAGAUCUGUCAGCAAAUCAGAAACAGAAGACAAUUCUGAGAUUGUAGAUCACAUUAAUGAUUUUACAGAUGAGGCUUUUCCCUUACCUGAAAAAAAAACAAGGCCACCAGUUGCCGAAAAACCUCCACUGUCAAGAAGACCUAACAGCCUGUCUUACAGAUCUACUGCAAUGACACCAGAAUCACCUGUGAUGUCGCCUUCUUCACCUGAAAGAUAUCUAGAUCAAACAUCUCUUCAAGAUGCAUACAUGGUGAUUGGAACAACGCAUCUCAAAAAGAAUUAUGAUAAUACAACUCAUCUGGAAACCCCACCUUCUUUAGACCCAUCCUUAUCUUCAGAAAAUUACUUUCAAACAUCAACUUCAGAAAGGAGAAGUUUCUCACAGAGCAGUGCUGAAGAAGAUGAACUAACCAAGGGAAAACUAUUUCAAGAAAGAAUAACCCUCCAGUGCUUGACAUUUGUGGAUAAAAAGAAAGUAAAGGUCCCACCUCCUAUCCCAAAAAAGCCUAGUGGUAAACAUUUACCAGUAACUAGUCCACCACCUCCAAGUCAAAUUUCAUCAACUGCAUUUGAACAAAGGUUAUCUCCCGUCGUUACUAUGGUUCCCGGAGCCAGUUCAUUUCCUGACAUUAUUGAGUUCCAGAAAUAUACUACAAAAGGUGUCAUUCAUGCUGCCCAGCCAGAUCUUGUAUCUGUGGACAAAUUCCCAGGAAACCACAUAGAAAUGCAAGAAGAAAAUAAAUGUGUAUCAAGCAAAACAGCAGACUCCAUCACUGAAGAUGAUGAUGAGGUUUUUGUGAGUUCACGGACCACUGAAGAUUUAUUUACAGUCAUUCACAGGUCAAAAAGGAAGUUACUAGGUUGGAAAGACUCUGCAGAUUCAUUUAGCAGCAGACAAAGCUCAGUGUCACCAGUCAAGAAUUCAUUAAGCUCCAAUAGUGAUUCUUCAUAUGGAACACUGAGUAUAAUUCGGACCACCAGCAAAAAUGAAGACUUUAAGGCGCUUCUCCAAAGGAAGGGCAGCAAGAGCAGCCUGGGUACCCGCCCAUCUGCCGCAGAGCUUUUAAAAACUACUAAUCCUUUGGCUAGAAGAGUGAUGAAUGAGUUUGCCCCAGAAAUAGAGAAAAGUGGCAAUACAAAAACUUUGCCGUGAAGAAGAAAAAAAAGUAAUCUUAAAUAUGUAUGUAACAUUUGCAUCUUAGUAAUUCAAACAGGGAUUUACUUACCAUUUGAAGACAUUGGCCUUGCACAGUGCAUGAACUGAGGAGUGCUUUUAGGUCAUUUUCUUAAUGGCAUAUCUAAUUUAUAGGUUCACAAUAAAUAAAUCUGUAUCUCUCUGAAUUUAGCUAAAGUGAUCUGGAAUACUUUAAGUGGACAGUAGUUUCUAAAGCCAUUUGUAAUAAUAAUGUGACAUUUAUCACAUCUCCUUCCUCAAAUGGACAGAAACAUGUGCGUGGAAACCAGAUACAGUAGUGCAAUUUCUAUGAGCUUUGCAUUUGGAGAAUUGGUAACAAACUUACUUGUUUUCUUUAUUAUAUUAAAAUAGAGUAGAGCAUAACAUGCUUAAAUUGGGUAUAUCCAUUAAGCCAAAAUCUGAAUCUAUCAAUAGUAUAUUCAAUUUACAAUGUUAUAUGAAAAAAUACCAACAUAUUUAAAAUUACUAAAGCAUCUUUUAGAAACAUUAUGGAACUGUGCAGCCAGAACAAACCAUAUUGCCCUGGCCUAGGAUCCUUCACAUAUGUGUCUCUGAAUGUAACAUUGCUCUUUUUAUAUACGGAAUUAACUUUUCAAUUAUUGUAAUCCUUAAAUGCUGGCAUGUCACACCAUGAUGGCUCACAGUGGCCUUUUAAUCUAAUGCAGUAAUGUAAAGGGACUAUGAGGGUCAUUUAUUAAGACCUGCGUUUUAGACACUGGUCUUAAUAAACCCCUGCUCUGGCGGUGGAUCCUCUGGAGUUAGUAAGAGGCCUGUGCCGCUUCAUAACUUCAGCGGAUCCACCACCGCUUCUAGAUGUAAGACAGCUGUCUUACAUUUACAUAUUUUUCUACGCCUGAAACAGGCAUAUAAAAUGGUAAAUGAGACGGGCCUGCCAGCCCAAUCUCUUCACCGCCCAUGCCACUCCCACUUCCUUAGACCUGGCGUCAGCAUGGAAAAGUCAGCUUCAUAAAUGACCCCCUCUGUUUUGGGCUAUAUUCUCCAAAGUACCUCAGAUUCAAAUUUAACUAACUACUCAAGACUUUGUAGAACUAUCCUGGUGUGGUGAUGUGUAUGUACAUGUAGAUACUGUAGAUAUUGCCAGAUUUUCCUCUAAUACUGUGAUGUAUUUCAAGUUGCUGUAUCUUCAUAUAUUUGACUUACAAAGAAGCCAUGACAUAAGGUCAUUGAAAAGAUUGUAUUGAAUUAUUUACCAGGAUUGCAAUGUGAAUAUCAUAACAUCUGUGAAUUGACAAUUAUAAAUUUGAGAUAAAGUGCUGGUAAUAUUAUGAAUAUGUACAAAGACCAAGAGGUGUGUAUAUAUAAAAUGCACAGCUUUAAAGUGAAUGCAUAUGAACUGUAAAGAAUUACAUGAUGAGAAAAAACAGCACACCGGUUGCAGUUGUUACAAGCAUUUGUGAUGCCACAAAUUAUUAUAAUAAGCUAUACCAAGAUUUUCAUUUGUACAUCCUUUCUUCAUAGGUCUAUUAUCAGGACGUUAUCUGAAGGAGUUGUCCUCUUAUGUACACAUAUACAGUGUGUAAACCUCUUAUAAUACAGUUGACAACAACGUGCAGCUCACAAGUUGCUUGUACAUGUAAGGCUACUUUCAGGCUUUUGCGUUUUGGCAUUCCUUUGCCGGAUCUCAAAACCAUGCCAAAACAGUUCCGUUUAGGGCCAAUGUUUUCUGAAUUGGGUAUGGUCUAUUCAGGAUGCAUCAGCUGCAAUCUGCGAAUUUGUGUAUGUUCAUCAAAACAGAACAAACCGGAUUAGUCACUAAAAACAAUGUAAUCCAAUGGUGCCAGAUCCAUUUUUUUUCUGAUCAUAAAAAAAAAAAAAAAGAACCAUAACCCAUUGUCUUACAUAGUUUUUUGUGAUGGAUCCGGUUUUUCCAUUUUAAUUUAACACAACCACAUCCUAACGGAGCGGAUGCAUCCUGAAGUAUUAAAUCAAACUAUUUUGGUCCGGUUUUGAGAUUCCCUGCCAGAUGUCAAAGCCGGAAACCAAAGCGCUGUUUUGAAAGUAGCGUUAGCAGUGUUUGGAUUGGAUUG